AUGGCUGGCAGAUGGAUGGCCAAUGCCUUGACUGCAGGUCUCGUCGGAGUGGUCAGCGGUGUCUACAUCUUUGGCCCGAUUCAAGAGCAAGUCGAUAUUGAGCGCAAGCAGAAGAAGCUCCAAGCUGAGCAGGCACUCGGCCCAGGCAUGAUCGAGAUACCUGCGUCCACAAUAGGGACGCCAGCCGAUCCGCCUACAGAUCCUCAACCUGCGAGAACAAAGCAUGGCUGA